AUGAACAACUCUCCCAAUCCCAACAAUCCCAGCUUAAACACUCCAGAACUGGAAAUAGAUCGUUCCUUACAAACUCGGUCCCAAAUAAUUUCAAUUGUUUUCUUAACUUUGGGAGCCUGCCUGCCCGUUUUACUGUUGCUCGCCACCUCGGUCUUCUUUCGAUAUCGGUCCUACCGAAAGAAACAGUUGAGUUUGAUGAAUGCGUGGAAUGAGAAGCAAGUGAAUGGCCUCACUCUGACCAAAAUGUUUUUUAAAAAUAACAACAGCAUCAACAACAAAUAUAGUAAAGAAAUUAAUAGUAAUAAUAACGAUAAUGUGAACCAUACAACUUUUGUUGAUAUUAAAAAGAGUAGUAGAUCAGUGCUCGGUGAGGUUGGUAGCGAGGAGAACAAGAGAGUUGUUGAUGGCGAAAAUCAUACAUUCCUCCAACCGACAACUAAACAAUCGCAAGUGCCUCAAUAUCAGCUACAACAGCAGCCACAACAUCAGCUACAACAGCAGCCACAACAUCAGCUACAACAGCAGCCACAACAUCAGCUACAACAGCAACUACAAUACCAACAACAACACCAGUCACAACAGCAGCCACAACAUCAGCUACAACAGCAACUACAAUACCAACAACAACACCAGUCACAACAACAGCCACAACAUCUGUCGCAACAACAGCCACAACCCCAGCCACAACAGCAGCUACAACACCAGCCACAACACCAGCCACAACACCAGCCACAACAUCAGCCACAACAGCAGCUACAACACCAGCUACAGCAACAGCCACAACAUCAGUCGCAACAACAGCCACAACCCCAGCCACAACAGCAGUUGCAACAACAUCAGCUACAGCAACAGCCGCAACAGCAGCUACAACAUCAGCCACAACAGCAGCCACAACAUCAGCCACAGCAACAGUUCGACAGUUAUGCCUUUGAAGAGUAUGCACCGCCACUGACGUCCCAAGACCAACAGAAUAUCAACCAAACAACAACGAACAACGUUGUAUACCCCUUCAAUGAUUACGUAGCCGAUGACGAAGAAGAUGAUGAUGAUGAUGAUAUCGACAAAUUCUUCACUUCAGAAAUACAAACACGGAAUGAAUUCAACGCUAGAACGAACAGCAACGACGAUGACAGCCGUAACAAUUUAUUCCACACUAACACUGGAGGUGGUGUUUAUAAUGCGAACGGCGAUGUGAAAAUAAACACAGCUGAUGAUGAGGAUGAUUAUGAUACAAACAAUGCUGCUGCUGCUGCUUAUGAUGAAGGCGAUGACGACAACAACGUCAAGAAGACUUUAGUGUCAUUCAUCAGCUACAUUCCUCAGUCAACAAACAACGACAACAUCAACAACAACAAAAGUUACAUCAACAUCAAACAUCACGGUGAUGGAGAUGAUGACGAUGACGAUGAGGUGAUGCCCUGGGACAACCCUGUUGAUAGGAAGAUCGAAAUAUUGAGACGGCAGAUAGAGAGAGAAAAGAAAAACGGAAGUGGAGGAAUGAAAUUGAGUGACGGCGAUGGUGACGACUGCGACAAGCCGAAUGAUUAUUUUCAUUACGGCGUCUCAACAACAAAGGCAUCGAGAGCCUCACCGUUUCUCACGACGCCAGAUGUUGAACGAAGACCGAGCUUAACGAACUCAAAUGUUUUCUUCAUGAAAGCGAAAGCGAAACCACCUAAUGGAUAUUUCCAAGACGAUGACGUAAUCACAUCCGGAAAUAUUUCUACACUACUUCCUAAUACGCAGGACCUUUGGGAAGCUGAGCAGCCAACAACAACAACAACAACCUCGAAUAGAACGACGUUGACAAAUGCAAAUAAAAUCAUCGACAGAGCGCCACCUUGGUUUCAAAACGACACGAACACGUUCAGUGAGAACAUCAUCGCGGACAACAAGACAGCCAGGAACAACAACAUCGUCUACGAUUCAAGAUUGUACAGAAGAAAUGUAACUGCAUUACCAGCGACAACAGCGUUGCAGACAACAACAUCGCCCGACAACAUCCUGCCAACCGGCGAGAAUAUUCACGGUAUUAAAGGUCUAUCAGAAAGAAGAUUUGUAUAUAAUGGAAUCAUCCAAAUAAACAACGAACAACCACCCCCAGCACAAACUCGAAUCAACAAACUCGACAACUACAACUCUGACAACAACAAAAACAACUUCGAAAUAUUUUCUUACAACAAGCAAAAUCUUGUCAACAACAAUACCAGCAACAACAUCGUCAACAAGAUGGAGCACAGCAGCAGCAGCAACCAAAACAUAUUUACUAUUAACCCGUCAAGAACCAAAUACAGCGACGAAGAUUUGAGAGGUUUGGAAGAAUGGAGAGAGAAAAGAAGGAAAGAGAGAGAACAAAAUUCGGCACGUGAUGUAACCAAAGAGAAUGACGUCAGAAGAUUGGGCGAGGAAGAAGAAAAAGUUUUGAAAUAUUUCGACGAUAUUUACAAAGAGAUUGGAUUUGAAGGAUCCGAUGAAAGUAGAUCAUCAAGUAGUGCUGCUGCUGCAGUCACUGCAGUCGCUGCUGUUGGUGGAGGUAAGAACAACAACAACAACAACUUUACCAACAUUAUUGACAACCAUAGAAACAGUAAAUCAAAGAAUACUGACGCGAAUAACGCUGAAGAUACCAACAGCCGUUACAAAAACAAUAUAAAGGACGUCAUCAGAACAUCUCCCGACAAUAAAAUAAUUGAAACAAAUACUCCGCGAGAACGACAACCACAAUCGUACAUUCAUCUGCUAUCACCAGAUUAUCCUCAAACGAUAAGGAAACAACUUCAAAAUGAUAAGAGGAGGAAAUUGAUUAUUACUAAAUUAUAA